AUGAGCGUGGGCAAACCUAUCACACGUGACUCUUCCAAACAACUCUGGCGGCACAUCAAAUCAAGUGGGGAAGAGGAGUUGACUUACACGCAUAAUCCAUAUGAUGACUCCCCAAAUCGCCGUAAGGAACGGGAAAAAUCUCUAAAUGUCUGCCGUCACUACGCGGAGGGUCGUUGCAAUCGCGGUAGCACUUGCCGUUUCCACCACGAGACGCGGCACAACAUCAUCGUAACGCCACACGUCACUCCCAAAUUCUCAAGCAUUGCCCCCCUCAAGGGAUUACCAACAUCACCGCUUGGAGCAUAUUUGAGUUCACCUCCCAACAGAUCGUGUAAUGGUUGCUUGCUUUCGCCUACGCAUCACAACAACAGUAUGAGUUACAACAGCAGCACGAACAGUUCCAUGAAAAUAUUGAGUGAAUCCUCCAGCACUAUUCCUCACCUUCAGCUUCCUGAGAGCUUAUCAACUCACUGCCGCUCUUCCACUUAUGUUGCGUCAGGUAUGAAUGGGGAGCAACCGCCCCAUGACGUUUUGAUAUUGAGUUCGUCGCUUGGUUCUUUGAAUGUUGGCGAUCAUGUUUCCAGAAAUAACGGCGGCUUUUUGCUUACUGCGCAGCAAAGGUAA